AUGGAAAACAGAACAUAUGGAAAUUCAUUGGUAGAACGAGUGCCUUUACAAUACUCAAGUGCAAGCAAAGUUGUGAUUAACCCAGCAUAUUUUGCAAAGAUUCGAACAAAAAAAAAUCAAGUGAAAUCAGUAGCUCAUCAAGAAAUUAUUCAAAAUGGUCCAUCAUUUGCUCAAAGAAGUUUAGCAACUACAUCAUCACACAAACGGGACAACGAAAUAAAUAAAGCUUUCAACACUGGCCAUGGAAUUCAACACCCGAAAUCGCAUAAACGAGUCCGUGAAUCAGAUUAUAUGACCAGUUCCUCAAAAAUGCAUAAAAGUGAUUCCACAUCAUCGACAUUACAAAAUUAUGAAGAGAUAUCGAUGUUUGAAAUUGAUCAUUCGACCAAGCCUCCAGUUUCAUUAUCAACUCAACCAUUGAGCAAAAAAGCAUUAUUGUUACAAAAACUCUUCGCACCGCCCCGUAAAUCGAAUUAUUGCACCAGUAGCAAUGAUGAGGAAGUAUCCGCAAAACCACCAUUACAAAAACUCUACGCAGAGCCCCGUGAACCGGAUUAUUUUUCCAGUUGCGAUGACGAGGAAUUAUUCACAAAACCACCAUUACAACAACUCUACGAAGAGUCCCGUGAAUCAGAUUAUUCUAGCAGUAGCGAUGAAGAGGAGGUAUCCGCAAAACCACCAUUACAACAACUAUACGCAGAGCCUCGUAAAUCGAGCUAUUUCACCAGUAGCGAUGAAGAGGAAUCAUCUGCAAAACCACCAUUACAAAAACUCUACGCAGAGCCCCGUGAACCGGAAUUUUUUUCCAGUUGCGAUGACGAGGAAUUAUUCACAAAACCACCAUUACAACAACUCUACGAAGAGUCCCGUGAAUCGGAUUAUUCUAACAGUAGCGAUGAAGAGGAGGUAUCCGCAAAACCACCAUUACAACAACUCUACGCAGAGCCUCGUAAAUCGAGCUAUUUCACCAGUAGCGAUGAAGAGGAAUCAUCUGCAAAACCACCAUUAAGAAAACUCUACGCAGAGCCCUGUGAAUCGGAUUAUUCCAGCAGUAGUGAUGAAGAUGAGGACUUUCUUUCGAAAGAUCUUGAAGUCAGUGAUAGCGAAACCGAAGAUAGCAACGAUAUGAUUGAAAUCAUCGAUAGUAAAAGCGAAGAGUCCUCGUCCGCAAAACAACCAUUACAACAACUAUACGCAGAGCUUCGUAAAUCGGAUCAUUGCACCAGUAGCGAUGAAGGGGAGGACUUUCUCUCCAAAGAUCUCGAAAUCAGUGAUAGCGAAACCGAAGAUAGCAACGAGAUGAUUGAAGUUAACGAUAGCAAAAACGAAAAGAAAUCAACCGCCAAACCAUCAAAUGGACCGAAGAAGGAAAAGAAGCAAAAGAAAGCACCGCUUAUGGCCAGAGCAUUACGAAUGAUGAAAUACAAGAUGAGACGAUAA